ACCUCGAUUUCUAAGCGAUAAUAUUCAAGCACGAUAGAAGCAAAGAUGAUGGAACCAACGACGGCGCCGACGCAUCCUCCCAAGGACGACCCGUUCACCAAGGACGAGCUCGCCAAGUUUGACGGCUCCGACGAAUCCAAGCCCGUCUACGUCUGCAUCAAGGGCCAGGUCUUUGAUGUCUCGCCCAAGCGCGAAAUGUACUCGCCCGGAAAGGGCUACCACAUCUUUGCCGGAAAGGACGGCUCGCGCGGCCUCGGCAUGUCCUCGCUCAAGCCCGAGGACGCCGUCGCAGACUACUCUACGCUCGACGACAAGCAGCGCAAGGUCCUCGACGACUGGGUGGCUUACUAUACCAAACGAUACAACAUCGUCGGCAAGCUCGUCGAGUGAAAGAGGUAGCAGAUGUGCUUUUUUUUCAUCCUUCAUGCUCAGAUUGCGCGCCCACACGAUCGAAUCAGCAAUAUCUUUCAUGGGAUUCUCAGGAAAAGAAAAAGAAGUCGUCAUGAGAGAGAGAGAAGAGAGAGAGCGCGACCUAGGCUUUGUACAAUUUUGGUGGUCAUCUCGGCGUCGUCAAGGGGUCGUUAAGUGGUCGUGAACAGUUGGGCGUGACGCAGAAAGAGAACCCAUUUCGAGAAGAACCUAUAAGAAUGUAUGGAGAAGAGAAUAAGAAAGGGCCGUC